AUGCCAAGUGACAUUAUAACGGAAAUGACUCAAAAUGAAUUCCAAGUGUUGUCUGAAAGACACUAUGCUAUUUUUAUAAACAAACAUGUACUCUUCAAAAAGCCAAUAGAUUCAUGUUCAAUUAUGGAAAAUGUACAUAUGAACUCAUAUCUCGAAAAUAAUAGUCAUGGUUCCCCUUGUAUGACAUUUCAGACAUCAGUCAAG